AUGGCGACCCCGGCCGCAUUACCGCCGCUCCCCUUCAACCCGGGGCGUGUGCGAUCUUACCUGGCACGAUUGCCGCUGUUCACUCGACUCGUCCUGCUGGCAAUCUUGGCUUUCUGGUUGCUGGAGCUGCAAACGAUCUGGAGCGUGGUGCAGUGGGGCGCGUUGAUUCCCGAUGAGAUCAAUUUGGGAACGAUGUAUCGUUUGAACACAUACCCCUUUAUUCACAUGGGAUUCUUCCACACUUUGCUGAACACCAUUGCUUUGACACCGCUACUGGAGCGAUUCGAGGCGGAACAUGGUACUCUCACAUCGAUUGCGUUGUUUGUUGGACCGCUUUCGACUUUACCGGCGGGUCUCUACCUUUUGUUUGAGAAGGUGAUUUUGCAUAGAAACACCUCUGUGGUGGGCGCAAGUAUUUGGGUGUUCUUACUUCUAGGGUCUGAGGCCAUUCGGACAUAUAAGUCCCACCCCAACUUCAGCCUCGGUCCAUACAAAAUCCCCACCUGGACGUCGCCCUUGUUCGCGUGUGUCGUAUUGUCCAUCCUUGUGUCGCAUGUCAGCUUCUUGGGUCAUAUGUGUGCUAUUGCUGUGGGCUACGUUUUCGGCCUGGGAUACCUUAAGGUGUUCGUACCACCAGAAAAGGUUCUUCGAUGGAUUGAGGGCAAGCUCAACUUGCUGGGCCGCCUGCCUCAUUAUGUCUCUGUAGACCAGAAGACCUAUGGCCGUUCAGUUUGUGCGUGGCUGGUCGGUCCCGCCCGGCGUAAAUUCCCCGUAAACAACAGCUGGAGCUUCAACUCAUUAAUCGUUGACCUCCCACUUCCUUGGAUCUCCGCCUCAUCUCUUGCAAAACUAAUCUGUUUGAAGCGGGAAUGGGAAGGAGCACAAGGGCGUUAUCUCGCUGAUCUGGGCUCAAUGGCGCUAAAAUCUGCGAUCCGCAACCUGCGGAAUAAUCCUCACUUUCUAUUCGUCCGCCUCCCGAACCUACUGUCCUUCCUGUGCAUCAUCGUGGGGGCAGUCUGGCUGCUGCUUCUUCCCUUGAACGAAUACUCCCGCAAUACCUACAUCUCCGAGAAUGCGCUCUUGCCUGGCCAAGUGCAUGCUUAUUUCACUGGAAGCGAGCAGAACAUCUUCAGAGGAUAUAAGCAAGAGCUCGAAGGGUUAUUGAACCAGGGCCAGAAGGGCGAAGAUGGGCAAGGUCCGGUAGAAUUGACACCAACAAUCUCCAACAAAAUCCGUUCCGUAUUCGAGGCCUCUGGAUUGAAGGUUGCAACACAGGAGUAUAAGUAUACAUCUGCUGGAAUAACCCACCAGGGCGAGAACACCUAUGGUAUCAUCCAUGCUCCACGAGGCGACGCGACAGAAGCGAUAGUGCUUAUUGCAACAUGGAAGACGGCCAAUGAUGAAUUGAAUCUGAAUGGUGUUACUCUGGCCUUGACAUUGGCCAGAUACUUCAAGCGAUGGUCAUUAUGGUCUAAAGAUAUAAUCUUCCUCAUCACUCCGGACAGUAAAUCGGGCACCCAGGCAUGGGUUGACGCAUACCAUGAUCUCCAACCCGAAUCAGUGCAACCUUUACCAUUGAAGAGUGGUGCUUUACAAGGCGCAGUGGCAAUUGAGUAUCCAUUUGAUCACCGAUUCAAGAAUCUGCACAUCGUAUACGACGGAGUCAACGGCCAGCUGCCUAAUCUUGAUCUAUUCAAUACAGCAGUAGCUAUUGCAGGUGGACAAAUGGGGAUUGGUUCCAACUUGCAAGAGAUGUGGGAACAUGAUGAUAGCUACGAGGCACGUUUGCAGACUAUGCUGCGUGGUAUGGCCAAGCAAGGACUGGGCUAUGCUACUGGCGCUCACAGCAGCUUUAUGCCGUAUCAUAUCGAUGCCAUCACCCUGCAGACUAAGGGCGAAGGCUGGGAAGAUGAAAUGGCGCUGGGACGGACAAUUGAAAGUCUGUGCCGUAGCUUGAACAAUCUCCUGGAGCACCUGCACCAGAGUUUCUUUUUCUAUCUCCUCAUGCAGUCUAAUCGAUUUGUCAGUAUUGGGACUUACCUCCCUAGCGCCAUGCUUAUUGCUGGGAACUUCACGAUUAUGGCGAUUGCUCUUUGGAUGCGAACGGGCUACCACGAGGAUGCCAUAUCCGAUAAAUCCACUGGCUCUUCUCAGUCUAAGGAGAAGGGUUCCGCUUCUGUGACCCCCAAAUCGGGGAAGCCAGUAGGGCUUAAUGGACCUGCGGUUGCAGAGCGUCUAUUGGCGCUACCUCUGACACUCGUCACAGGCCUUCAUUUACUUGGCCUUGUCCCGCUCUAUAUCUUCAACACUAUUCCCCAUCAGUUUUUCACUACUGCUACCUACAUCUUUGUUGCUGUAGACAUUGUCCUCCCUUUAAUCCUGGCUGCUCUCCUCUCUAACGGGCUAGGCCUGUCUACACCUCUUGUGCCGCAGCAGUACCUCUUGAUCAAGUCCUUUGCAUUGCUGCUCUUGGGAUUAUCCCUCUCGACCCUAGCUACAUUGAACUUCUCCCUCUCGCUGACGAUUGGGCUCCUCUGUGCCCCACUCAGCUUUAUCACCCGAUCAGAUAGCAGCUCCAAUCCACAAAGGUUUGCUUUAUCUGGUCUUGGGUUGGGAUUGCUCAACCUGCUCUCUCCACCAGCCGUUCUUCUGGCCGCGUGUCACUAUACCGGCGUAUCUGUGGAGACUGUGCUCACACAGGCAGCAUAUGGCUGGGAUGUUUGGGGGAUGUGGACACAGGUUGUUGUAUGGUGUGUCUGGUGGCCAGCUUGGUUGAUCGGCUGCGUUCUAUUGGGUUCCUCGAUAUUUUAG